GAAACAACAACAAAAAACUUCGCCCUGGACCUGACCAAGAGCCUGCAGUCCCUGGACCCCGACUUCUAAUUUUCUCACGUCUAAGAAUUGCCACAGGUUGACAGCUCUGCUAGUAACAGAUCUUGUUUUAUCUACAUCAAAAUAUUUAAGGUUCCGAGACUCACUUCCAAGAAAAUGUCUGGGAUGUUCAUUCUCUGUUUGUGCGCAUGUGCGGUUAUGACGUCAGCGACCAUGUAUCCAAGUUACAAUUAUUAUCCGCUACCUGAAUACUCAAUAUGGCCAGGAAUCAAGGGAAUCCCUAUGACUGGCUAUCAACGUUACAGACGAUCUAUUACAACCCCUCAGCCAAGUGUGACAGAAGGCAUUACGCCUACUGGUGGGAUGGAAGGCCGUGCAGCCAUUGGUGGGAUGGUAAAAGGCAGUGCCGAUAUUGGUGGGAUGGAAGGCAUUGCACCGACUGGUGGGAUGCAAGGCAGUGCAGCCAUUGGUGGGAUGGUGAAAGGCAGUGCAGACAUUGGUGGAAUGAUGAAAGGCCGUGGAGGCUUUGGUGGGAUGGUGAAAGGCAGUGCAGACAUUGGUGGGAUGGUCAAAGGCCGUGGAGGAUUUGGUGGGAUGGUGAAAGGCUUUGCAGACAUUGGUGGGAUGAUCGAAGGCAAUGGAGGCUUUGGUGGGAUGGUGAAAGGCAGUGCAGACAUUGGUGGGAUGGUGAAAGGCCGUGGAGGAUUUGGUGGGACAGUGAAAGGCAGUGCAGACAUUGGUGGGAUGGUCAAAGGCCGUGGAGGAUUUGGUGGGAUGGUGAAAGGCUUUGCAGACAUUGGUGGGAUGAUCGAAGGCAAUGGAGGCUUUGGUGGGAUGGUGAAAGGCAGUGCAGACAUUGGUGGGAUGGUGAAAGGCCGUGGAGGAUUUGGUGGGACAGUGAAAGGCAUUGCAGACAUUGGUGGGAUGACGGCAGGCAGUGGAGGCUUCGGUGGGGUAGUGAAAGGCAGUGCAGACAUUGGUGGGAUGAUGGAAGGCAGUGGAGGCUUUGGUGGGAUGGUGAAAGGCAGUGCAGGUAUUGGUGGGGUGGGAAAAGGCAGUGGAGGCUUUGGUGGUAUGGUGAAAGGCAGUGCAGACAUUGGUGGGGUGGGGAAAGGCAGUGGAGGCUUUGGUGGGAUGGUGAAAGGCUUUGCAGACAUUGGUGGGAUGAUGGAAGGUCGUGGAGGCUUUGGUGGGAUGGUGAAAGGCAGUGCAGGUAUUGGUGGGGUGGGGAAAGGCAGUGGAGGCUUUGGUGGUAUGGUGAAAGGCAGUGCAGACAUUGGUGGGGUGGGGAAAGGCAGUGGAGGCUUUGGUGGGAUGGUGAAAGGCUUUGCAGACAUUGGUGGGAUGAUGGAAGGUCGUGGAGGCUUUGGUGGGAUGGUGAAAGGCAGUGCAGGUAUUGGUGGGGUGGGGAAAGGCAGUGGAGGCUUUGGUGGUAUGGUGAAAGGCAGUGCAGACAUUGGUGGGGUGGGGAAAGGCAGUGGAGGCUUUGGUGGGAUGGUGAAAGGCUUUGCAGACAUUGGUGGGAUGAUGGAAGGUCGUGGAGGAUUUGGUGGUAUGGUGAAAGGCAGUGCAGGUAUUGGUGGGGUGGGGAAAGGCAGUGGAGGCUUUGGUGGGAUGGUGAAAGGCAGUGCAGGCAUUGGUGGGAUGAUGGAAGGUAGUGGAGGCUUUGGUGGGAUGGUGAAAGGCAGUGCAGGCAUUGGUGGUAUGAUGGAAGGCACUGGAGGCUUUGGUGGGAUGGUGAAAGGCAGUGCAGACAUUGGCGGUAUGGUGGAAGGGAUUGGGGAAAGGCAGUGGAGGCUUUGUGGAGGCUUUGGUGGUAUGGUGAAAGGCAGUGCAGACAUUGGUGGGGUGGGGAAAGGCAGUGCAGGCUUUGGUGGGAUGGUGAAAGGCUUUGCAGACAUUGGUGGGAUGAUGGAAGGUCGUGGAGGAUUUGGUGGUAUGGUGAAAGGCAGUGCAGGUAUUGGUGGGGUGGGGAAAGGCAGUGGAGACUUUGGUGGUAUGGUGAAAGGCAGUGCAGGUAUUGGUGGGGUGGGGAAAGGCAGUGGAGACUUUGGUGGUAUGGUGAAAGGCAGUGCAGACAUUGGUGGGGUGGGGAAUGGCAGUGGAGGCUUUGGUGGGAUGGUGAAAGGCAGUGCAGGCAUUGGUGGGAUGAUGGAAGGCAGUGGAGGCUUUGGUGGAAUGGUGAAAGGCAGUGCAGGCAUUGGCGGGAUGGUGGAAGGCAUUGCACCUAUUGGUGGGAAGAUGGCAGGCAGUGGAGGCUUUGGUGGGAUGGUGAAAGGCAGUGCAGACAUUGGUGGGGUGGGGAAAGGCAGUGGAGGCUUUGGUGGGAUGGUGAAAGGCUUUGCAGACAUUGGUGGGGUGGGGAAAGGCAGUGGAGGCUUUGGUGGUAUGGUGAAAGGCAGUGCAGACAUUGGUGGGGUGGGGAAAGGCAGUGCAGGCUUUGGUGGGAUGGUGAAAGGCUUUGCAGACAUUGGUGGGGUGGGGAAAGGCAGUGGAGGCUUUGGUGGUAUGGUGAAAGGCAGUGCAGGCAUUGGUGGGAUGAUGGAAGGCAGUGGAGGCUUUGGUGGGAUGGUGAAAGGCAGUGCAGGCAUUGGUGGGAUGAUGAAAGGCAAUGGAGGCUUUGGUGGGAUGGUGAAAGGCAGUGCAGACAUUGGUGGAGUGGGGAAAGGCAGUGGAGGCUUUGGUGGGAUGGUGAAAGGCUUUGCAGACAUUGGUGGGGUGGGGAAAGGCAGUGGAGGCUUUGGUGGUAUGGUGAAAGGAAGUGCAGGCAUUGGUGGGGUGGGGAAAGGCAGUGCAGGCUUUGGUGGGAUGGUGAAAGGCUUUGCAGACAUUGGUGGGAUGAUGGAAGGUCGUGGAGGAUUUGGUGGUAUGGUGAAAGGCAGUGCAGGUAUUAGUGGGGUGGGGAAAGGCAGUGGAGGCUUUGGUGGGAUGGUGAAAGGCAGUGCAGGCAUUGGUGGGAUGAUGGAAGGCAGUGGAGGCUUUGGUGGGAUGGUGAAAGGCAGUGCAGACAUUGGUGGGGUGGGGAAAGGCAGUGCAGGCUUUGGUGGGAUGGUGAAAGGCUUUGCAGACAUUGGUGGGGUGGGGAAAGGCAGUGGAGGCUUUGGUGGUAUGGUGAAAGGCAGUGCAGGCAUUGGUGGGAUGAUGGAAGGCAGUGGAGGCUUUGGUGGGAUGGUGAAAGGCAGUGCAGGCAUUGGUGGGAUGAUGAAAGGCAAUGGAGGCUUUGGUGGGAUGGUGAAAGGCAGUGCAGACAUUGGUGGAGUGGGGAAAGGCAGUGGAGGCUUUGGUGGGAUGGUGAAAGGCUUUGCAGACAUUGGUGGGGUGGGGAAAGGCAGUGGAGGCUUUGGUGGUAUGGUGAAAGGAAGUGCAGGCAUUGGUGGGGUGGGGAAAGGCAGUGCAGGCUUUGGUGGGAUGGUGAAAGGCUUUGCAGACAUUGGUGGGAUGAUGGAAGGUCGUGGAGGAUUUGGUGGUAUGGUGAAAGGCAGUGCAGGUAUUAGUGGGGUGGGGAAAGGCAGUGGAGGCUUUGGUGGGAUGGUGAAAGGCAGUGCAGGCAUUGGUGGGAUGAUGGAAGGCAGUGGAGGCUUUGGUGGGAUGGUGAAAGGCAGUGCAGACAUUGGUGGGGUGGGGAAAGGCAGUGGAGGCUUUGGUGGGAUGGUGAAAGGCUUUGCAGACAUUGGUGGGGUGGGGAAAGACAGUGGAGGCUUUGGUGGUAUGGUGAAAGGCAGUGCAGACAUUGGUGGGGUGGGGAAAGGCAGUGCAGGCUUUGGUGGGAUGGUGAAAGGCUUUGCAGACAUUGGUGGGGUGGGGAAAGGCAGUGGAGGCUUUGGUGGUAUGGUGAAAGGCAGUGCAGGCAUUGGUGGGAUGAUGGAAGGCAGUGGAGGCUUUGGUGGGAUGGUGAAAGGCAGUGCAGACAUUGGUGGAGUGGGGAAAGGCAGUGGAGGCUUUGGUGGGAUGGUGAAAGGCUUUGCAGACAUUGGUGGGGUGGGGAAAGGCAGUGGAGGCUUUGGUGGUAUGGUGAAAGGAAGUGCAGGCAUUGGUGGGGUGGGGAAAGGCAGUGCAGGCUUUGGUGGGAUGGUGAAAGGCUUUGCAGACAUUGGUGGGAUGAUGGAAGGUCGUGGAGGAUUUGGUGGUAUGGUGAAAGGCAGUGCAGGUAUUAGUGGGGUGGGGAAAGGCAGUGGAGGCUUUGGUGGGAUGGUGAAAGGCAGUGCAGGCAUUGGCGGGAUGGUGGAAGGCAUUGCACCUAUUGGUGGGAAGAUGGCAGGCAGUGCAGGCUUUGGUGGGAUGGUGAAAGGCAAUACAGGUAUUGGUGGGGUGGGGAAAGGCAGUGGAGGCUUUGGUGGUAUGGUGAAAGGCUUUGCAGACAUUGGUGGGAUGAUGGAAGGUCGUGGAGGAUUUGGUGGUAUGGUGAAAGGCAGUGCAGGUAUUGGAGGGGUGGGGAAAGGCAGUGGAGGCUUUGGUGGGAUGGUAAAAGGCAGUGCAGGCAUUGGUGGGAUGAUGGAAGGCAAUGGAGGCUUUGGUGGGAUGGUGAAAGGCAGUGCAGGCAUUGGCGGGAUGGUGGAAGGCAUUGCACCUAUUGGUGGGAAGAUGGCAGGCAGUGCAGGCUUUGGUGGGAUGGUGAAAGGCAGUACAGGUAUUGGUGGGGUGGGGAAAGGCAGUGGAGGCUUUGAUGGUAUGGUGAAAGGCAGUGCAGGCAUUGGUGGGAUGAUGUCAGGCACUGGAGGCUUUGGUGGGAUGGUGAAAGGCAGUGCAGGCAUUGGUGGGAUGACGGCAGGCAGUGGAGGCUUUGGUGGGGUGGUGAAAGGCAGUGCAGGCAUUGGUGGGAUGACGUCAGGCAGUGGAGGCUUUCGUGGGGUGGUGAAAGGCAGUGCAGGCAUUGGUGGGAUGACGGCAGGCAGUGAAGGCUUUGGUGGGAUGGUGUAA